AGAUCCAGAAUCGCGCCAGCAUGCGUGUAAUGAGUAACUGACCAAGGCAUUAUUGGCAUAAAAAAUAAGUGAUUUGUAAAACACAGUUGCAGUAUUGCCUAGCUUCAUUUAUGUAUUUAUUAAUUUCCCAUAAGAGUUACGAGUCGGAUAUUGCAGUUGAUAGAAAUUAACUAAAUCUUCGAUUCAUAGGUUCAGUUUUAUCUCAAAUAAGUGUAUCACAAAUUAAAUAUUUUCCAUCAUCAAAUGAAUGAAGAAAUAUUUUGAGAUCAUCUUUUAAUGAAUAUUAAGUUUUAAUAAAGUGAUUCUAUAUAUAAAAUAUACUAUUUAUUCGUCGCAAUGUCCAAUGAGCUAUCUUCAACUGUUCCGCCAGUAAAAAAGGUAUCCAAUGAAAUUCGAUAUGACUGGUACCAAACUGAGACACAUGUCAUUGUGACUAUAUUAGCAAAAAAUGCACAAAAUGUUAACAUUGAAUAUAAUGAAUCUAUGAUAAACACUUCAGCCAAAUUACCUAAUGGAGCUGAUUAUAAUUUGAAACUUGAUUUAGCUCACAAGAUUGUUCCGGAGCAAUCUCUCCACAAAGUGUUCCCUUCAAAAAUAGAAAUAAAAUUAAAAAAACAAGAUGGGUAUAGGUGGUCUGCCUUACAACAAAGUUCUGAACAGCCACAAUUGAAGCAAAUUUCUCCAAAUAUUUCAAAUAUGAAUCAACCUCCCAAGUACCCAAGCUCUAGUAAAAAACCUAAAGAUUGGGAUCAAGUAGAAAAAGAAAUUGCCAAACAAGAGGCUGAUGAGAAAACUGAUUCUGGAGAUGCCGUCAAGGAAGUCUUGGAAAAAAUUUAUGGACAAGGAUCAGAUGAAGUACGUCGAGCAAUGAACAAAUCAUUUCAAGAAUCUGGUGGCACAGUACUGAGUACAAAUUGGAAACAAGUUUGUGAACAGCCAGUUGAAAAACGGCCUCCAGAUGGAUUGGAGUGGAAAUCGUGGCAAACAUAAUUUCCCUCAAAAACUAUAUUAUUAAAAUAUUUGGCAAGAAAACAUCAGUUGUAGAAAAUAAAAACAAAGUUCAUGUUCA